AUGUGGGAUAUGGAUACCACGAUGCGAUGCACGAGGUGUGAUGCCAAGUCCGGGGCGAGCCUCCACCUGUGUCAAAUGACUCCCCGAUCUCUAUCUGGCUGGGACCGGCAUGCGAUAUCCCUCACCAUCCCGAUCGAGCCAAAGGUCGACGCAAUCACAAUCUCCCUUCCUCGGACGCGCGCGCGACGCACCCAAAUCAGCCACUUAGUCUCUCGGUCCCGGUCUUGUCGUCAUCGACGGCUCAACUCUAUCAUCUCUGUAUCUCCCCCAACUCUUGCUCGACCUUCUCAGCCUCAGCAAUCCAAACCCCCGUGUAACAGUGACAAGCUAUCACCACGCUUCGACAGUCAGACCAUCGAUAGUACGAAGUACUCGUCCUCGGCGACGCGGUCCGGAUCGAAUCGAAAUCGAGCACCAGGUAACAUCACCAACUUCGUACCUGUAUCAAGCCCUUCUUUCGACUUUUCUACAUCAGCUACAAGCUACACCUCUAUUUCGAUUUCAUACCCCAGGAUAUACUCGGUGUUCGAUAACAACCAUAUAAUCGAACCUGACAAGACGAUAACGAUCUGGACCGAGGAUAACCGACGCGCAGGGAUAAUGAACGUGGUUAUCUAG